GACAGACGGAGAUCAGUGCGAGUCCAACCCCUGCCUCCACGGAGGAAACUGCACCGACCGAGUGGGCGCGUUCCUGUGCUCCUGCCCCGCCCCCUACUCUGGACCAACCUGUGGGCUGGGAGCCGGAGGACUACAACCGCCCACCGCUCCUCAAGUCGGCGCACCAGAAAUCGCCAAGUGUCCGAUUGGAGGUCCGACCACGUGUGACCAGCUGUGCACAGCGUCCCGCAAAUCCUACAUCUGCUCCUGCAUGACGGGAUUCAAACUCCAGACGGACAGACACAGCUGUGUGCCUGAAGGGGAGUUUCCCUGCGGGCGACUUCCUGACCCUGUGACCACGUCAACAUGUUGCCAUGGAAACUGUCCCUGGCAGGCGUCGCUGCUGAACAGUUGGGGGGAGGAGAUGUGUGGGGGCGUGGUGCUAGGGCGGCACACCAUCCUGACCUCGGCCCGCUGCCUCCUGCUGGACUCGGGAUCCGCCCGUCAUACGUCCACGUUCUUCGUGGUCGUUGGCGAGAACAGGAUGUUCCUCCCCGUCCGGGCUCUGCACAUCCACAACCGUUUCCGAUUAGAUCACCAUGACAACGACCUCGCCCUCCUCGAGCUGGCCAAACCCCUGCACUUUGGCCCCUCCCUCCUCCACCUCUGCCUGCCCACCAAGGAUUUCAGCGAAAACAUCCUAAUGCAUUCUGGGAGGACGGGGGUAGCCGGGAGACGGGGCGGCAGACAGAACCAGGAGCUGGUCUACAUGACGCUGGACGAGUGUCGCGGCGAGUUGAGCGUCUCACAUCCGCUCAGCAACAAAAUGUUCUGCAUGAGGAGGCAGACCGUUCAGGAGGAGGGUCAACACGAGGCCCGCGGCCCAGCGGCCGGACCUGUAAUGAACCAAAAUGGCAGCCAGAAUACCAACGGUCGAGUUGGACACCAGGGGGCGCCAAUCGGAGCCAAGCAUAAAAACAGCAGCAGUGAGAAUACUGAACAGACGCCUUCGGGAUUAGACGGCGGUUUGAGGAUGGAGGUCGGCAGCAGGCGGUGCAAUGGACUGUUGCCGGGAUCGCCCGUCACCACCUUGGCUCAGGGGACGGCGUUUCUGACCGGGCUGCUGAUCUCACCCGCAGGCAGCGACGGCCUCGUGUUCACCAAACUUUCCCGAUACCUGACCUGGAUCAGACCGAGACUGAAGGCGGCCGAGGAUCGAAUGAUGCCACAAGUCAACCAAUAUCCCGAGGCUCGCUAACAGCUCGCCUAAACUGCCGCCAUCUUUGAAACUCUCAGCUUUCAGAAUCGCUUCAAAUGUUUUUACGAACCCUACGAUGUCUGGUGACACCUGGUGGUCACUGGUGGUAACAGCAGGUGUGUCAAGUGUCAUGUUUUUAAAGAUCAAAAUACAUUGUGCUUCCUGUCGCUGCUUCACAAUAAAAGUCUCCCUGCCUUUACCUUAGUGCAAUUGAAGAAAUAAGAGACCAUUCCAGGUGAAAAUAUGAAAUAGUUCAAAAACAUUGAAUAAAUAAAACCGACUUUGAAUUGAAACAUGUUUAAUGUGAAGCAGGAACUUCAACUUCCUGUCAAGACGUGAGUCUAAAAAUUAUUAAACACAAUGAAUUAUUAUUGAUGACAAAAUACAAACCAAUAAAAAACGGUUUGAGUUCAUGAAAACCUAUUUUUUCUUUGAUCGAACACUAAAUUUAAGUUUCGUUC